AUGAGUACAAUUCCUGACGAUCUUGCUGUAGCCUCUGAAUUUGCUGCCCAAGAUCUGCCUCCAGCUACCAUCGUCAAGGCAGAUCAAGCCGAGUCUUCCAAGGCUGUUGAUCCAGCUGCACCAUCCAACGUUGAGGCAGCACCCAAUUCUUCAUCUGUCAAAGCUGAAUCUAUGGAAUUAGACGAUACCCUUGAUAAAGCCAUUGCCGGAAAGACCGAGAAAGGAUACGAAAGCAGCGACAUUGACAUUUCAAGUGAUGAGGAAGGCAAUGCCAGCAGCGAUAGCAGUAGUGAUAGCAGCAGCAGUGACGAUGAUGACAAUGAUGAUGAUGAGGAGAUGGGAACCGCCACCAGCAAAAAGGCUAUGGGCGAUGAAGAUGAAGAACAAUACCCUGAUGGCAUAGUGAAGACUGCACAUGAAAUUGUAGAUAUUGUUGUGGAGAAGCCUCAAUUCGAAAUGACUGCUCAAACCGAAAUCAUCUUUGCUGGCACCAUCUUUCAAAUCAUUGAUAAUGUGAUUGUGAUCCACUGCAAACCACACAGCGAGUAUAGCACGCUGGAUCAAGGUUCAUUGUUGGUGUACGAGAAUAGAGAAGUCAUGGGUGAAGUAUUCGAGACAUUUGGGCCUGUUGCUCGCCCCUAUUAUUCUGUGCGAUUCAACGAUGCCAAGGAAAUCAAUCAGGAAUUCGCAAAAGUGGGCCAAGAUGUCUAUUUUGUUCCAAGCUAUCAAAAGACUCAAAUUGUGGAAACCGAGAAAUUGAGAAAAAUCAAGGGCACAGAUGCUAGUAACGUAUAUGACGAAGAAGUCGGUGAAGACGAAUUGGAGUUUUCUGAUGAUGAAAAGGAAAUGGAAUAUAAGCAGAGAAAAAACAGAGAAAAGAAGAUGAAAAGGAGAGGAUUACCAGUGGAUGAUAAGAAUAGACAGCAACAACAACAACAACAACAACAACAACAACAACAACAGCAUCCACCCCGUCAAAGAGGACAACAGAGAUAUCAACAGCGCAAAGCAGCAAGAGAUCUUCCUGAUGAUUUUGAUUCAGCAUUGGCUGCUUAUGAGCAGCAUGCACCUCCUCCUCCUCGUCAACAGCAAAGCUACGCUGAUUUGAUGGACGAUUAUAUGGGCGCUCCAUCCUCCACGCCUGCUGCUGCUCCCUCUUCUCAAUACUACCCUCCUCAGCAACAACAGCAGUAUCAACCUGUAGCCUCUCAACAACAAACGUAUCAAAGUCCAGCAGAUUUGGUAUCUGCAUUGUAUAAAUCGUAUGGCGGUACAUUGCCCACUCAAUUACCUAGCACUCUACCACAACAACAACAACCACAACCACAACCACAACCACAACAGCAGCAACCGUCUGCGCGUUCCUUAUUUUCGCAACCUCCACCACCAAUUUCAGAUUUGGAGAAAUCCAAUUAG